GCUGUACCGCGGUGUUCCUUGAACUUCCGUGGCUUCAAUGAGAGGGGGCAGUCGUUCUCCCCUGGAAUUAACACACCAAAAGACAUUACUCGCGGAGUUCAUGUAGAGUUCAUAGUACAAGGUCAGAUCAGUGAGUCCCUGUGUAUUUAUAGCCUCCAGACAGGUCAGUUUUACCCAUGGCCAAGCCUUGGCGUCUGCUGCCUAGCUGGCUCACACCUCCACUGCUAUCCCAUCACUCACCCCUUCCACGGUGGGCCUGUCCCCAGCUCCCAGAGCCCCUUGUCAGGCUGUGUGGUUACAUAAGAGGCCUUGGAUGUCAAAGCCUCCAUUCAUUAGGAUAAUACAUUGAGGUGGGAUGACAAUUGACAUCUCCAGAACUGUGGGCCAGCCUAGCGAUCUCACUGCUCUUUGGGCUGUUGUGCUGAUUUUUACAUGCCAUUGUGACAUUUCAACUUCUUGGCUGUCAUCCUCUGCAUUGUGAGUGGAUCUUUGGUAAUAGUUGUUUAGCUGGCUGUGUGUUUUGAGGGUUUAUUGAGGAAUAAUAGUUUGUGUGUAAAUUACUCUUAAAUUCAGAACAGUUUUACUGUUGAUUUUCCUAGCAUCGCAUUUUAGGUUCUUGGCAGAACGGUGCGUACUGACAGCUCACAGAUUCAKACCCAUUUCCCUAGUUACGUCUUUGUGGUUUCAGUGACAAAAUUAAGAAAAGUGUUUUCCUAUUUGAAUUGAAGUUAAUGCUUUAAGCUCAGGUAGAGUUUAGCUAAGAUUCAUGCAUGAAUAAUGUAAUAACAAUAUUAUUUUUUUCUCCAGCACUACCCCAACAACAUCAACAAAAAACUGUGCUUGCUYCACCAAUGUUCAUCUUUCAAAAGAAAACCCCAUCCAUGAAGAGAAUCGCAGAGAGAUGGGAGGGCUCAGUUAUGGGAAUCAGUCCAAACAAACGAGUCAGAUCGCUCACCUACCCUAACCACAGAACCAGGAAAGGCUCCUGUGACRGCAGUAGACGAGUGCGAUCAAGCWCUCUCUCUUUUCCCCCGCGUCCUCCAGUCUCAAGAUCAAAUGUCUUCAUGCCCUCAAAUCUCUGCAACCAGACCAACAUUUCACAAAACACAGUGUCACCUCUGAACAGGGUCAGAAGGUCAUUACUUCAGCCUGCACGUCUCCUCGCCCCUCAGCCCAGGAACAACAUCUCACAGCCACACCUAUCUGAGGUCAGCCAUGACCUUUCAGACGAUUGCUGCAGCGUCACAGCUGACCUCUCCUCCACUGUGAGUGUAUUACAUCUGAAGACGUCCCCUCAAGUUCACAGAUCGAAGGCAGACACUAUUACCUCAGACAGGGUCCAGUUUGUAUUUGGGGAAAACAUGGGCGUGAGAGUUUUGAGACCACAGAAAUUGCCCAGCAGUGAACAUUCUGAUUGCAGCUCCUCUAAUUCUGAGUCCUCCACCUUUGAGACAAGGCAUAAAGGUGCUGUGUGGAGCAGCCUGAGGGAGUCUGCUGCAGCUUACACAGAGUCCUGUGGGACGCAGCGUGUGCUCAGGCGGGUUCAGCUGUUCACUGGGGAGGAGAAGGAGAGCAAUGUGGUCCAGCUGACCUGCAGACUGUUUGUUCUGGAAAAAGGAACUCAGGCAUGGAAUGAGCGAGGGAGAGGAGUCCUGCGACUCAAUGAUCUAACAUCAGGGACCAAAGGAGGGCUGCAGUCCAGGAUAGUGAUGAGGCACCAGGGCAGUCUGAAAGUCAUCCUCAACACUAAGCUCUGGCUCCACACACACCUGCGUYGCCCCGCCCGUCGGAACCUCCAGGUGACGGCCACCGACGUGGAGUCCCAGGCCAUCCGGGUGUUCCUCAUCCAGGCCAGCGCCAGGGACGUGGCUCGCCUCUACGUAGCCAUCCACCAUMGGCUGGUAGCCCUACGGGCCAGUGCUGCUGGGAGGGAGGCAGGGGCUGCAGGGGGCAGGACCAGGGAGGGACACUGCAACAGUGAGAAUGAGGAGGAGCAGGAAGARCAGAGACAACGGCAAGAACGAGAAGGGCUGCUAGUGACACGAUUGCGACCUGUGGAUUGUGAUUGGAUACACAGUAAACCCAGUUUGGAUUCUUGGUGACAUGGCAUUAUAUCCUGACCUGGACCAUGCAACAGUUUGUGGUGUCAUCGCAUCUGAACAGAACUUUUAGCCAUCAUGGAACUAAACAUCAAGAGACAGCUUUCAAAAAUAAAUACUAGCAUUUACUGAGCUACCAUGACUGCCUUUUGCCAAGAGAAGAUACUUUUGGUUAUGUAGUGUAUGUGGACACCUGCUCGUCGAACAGCUCAUUCCAAAAUCAUGGGUGUUGAUAUG